CAAAAGUUAUUAAGUUGUAAAAGAAACAAAAUAUUUUUUUCGACUGUCUUGUCUGUCAUGUGCCAAUUAAUGUAGGAAAAUGGCCAAAAAAUCUGGUGUGAAUUUUAUGUUAACGUAGUACUAACAUACUGAUAAAGAUGCGAUCAACCUAAUGCGUGACAUCUUAAAAUAAUCUCCAAAUUGUCGAAUGAAGCUAUCAAAUAUGAAACUGAAAAGUAGCUUAUCAGAACAAAAUGUGUAUUUAACAUACGUGUGUCUCAUCAGUGAUAUACGGCCAAGCUGUAAUACUAGGGAUUCAGGACAGAAUAAACCUUCAUUUAAUUUUGUGAACAACGAACAAGAGGAUAAAGAGGCUGAUUGCGAAGACGUACCAAUUUUAGUAGAACGUUCAAAGGCGCUGCAUGAACUAAUUGUAUCCAAAAAAAAGUCGCCAAACGAUAACAAUGGACUUAAACAGAAGAAUGAAACGGAACCAGCGGCCAAUUCAAGAACAAAUCGAUCUGAGAGCACAAGCAAUUUAAUAGAAAAUGAAGAAAAUAAUUUCCUUGGUUUUGACAACCCAAAUAUACUUAAAUUAACAAAGAUGAAAUGGCUCUCUGAGAACAACGAUGAAGCGCUUGAUUCUAGCUCUCCUUCCCCAUCACCUUCAUCGAGUACCUGUUCAAGCGGUCACUCACAAGAUAAUUUAAAAAGAAGCCUUAGUACCAGCGACAAGUAUUUAUCAACCAUAAUACAAUUGGAUAAGGAACAUAAUAUGUUUGGUUUAUCAAACAUUGCCAUAGUCGGUUCAAGACCUUCGAAGAAAAUAAAAAAAGAUGAUGACAAACCAGCUUUUCCUCAAACGGCUAUCGUGCAGGUUUGCUGCGGCAUGAAAUGCUGUAAGCACAAGAGUAAUACCGAUCUUCCAGUUUCUUUAAAAUGCGGUGGAUGUCGAGGCUUCUGUUUCGAUUCAGCGUGUCCUUCCUGCUUUGGAAUAUGCCCACCCUAUUGUAAUAAUCCGCCAUAUCCAUCGCCCUGUUCAUCUUGCCCGAGAGAAAAAUGCAGUUGCAAAGUACCUUGCCCUCCAACAAAAUGUUUAGUGGAUUGCACAACUUGUUUUGGAUUAAAGAUAAAACUAAAUAAGAAACCAAAGUUUGAGCCUUCUCCUGUUGAGGUGACGCCGCGAUCUAGUUCCGUACUUCAAAAGCCUUUAGCAGCCAGAUCCUGCCAUCAUUUACCUCACUGCAUGCCGCCCUCAUCAUGCUUUCCCUACCUUAUGCCUUGCUACUGGCCAGCACGUGCGGGUGCUCCUUGCAGUCAUCCCGAUCGAUGCUUUCACAAUCCUCCAUGUCCCGCUCCAAGAACUCCUAAGCCGAAAAUUCCUCCUGAAGAGAUGUGUCCAGAGACUGGAAAAUGUGAAGAUCCAUCCAAAAAAACAAAAUGUCCCAAUUUGCUUUGCCUUGGCAAUAAUCCAGACAUGAAGAAAGAAAUUGAAAAUAGAUUUGGGAAAAGCUAAGUUAUGGUUUCUCCGAAACAUAAGUCCUGUCGAUGCGCUGAGGAUAAUAAUUCGAAGGCAGCACCUCAAAAUACAGCCAAAUUGAAAAAAGACAGAAAACAAUCCAAGAAGAAAGUUGAUAAAUGCGAAUGCGCCGUGCCCGGAUGCUUUAGUUGCUUCGUCAGAAGACCACAGAAACCCGACCCAUGUAUCAUGGAAAACUUAACUGAAUCAAAAGAAAACCAAUCAGCUGAUGGAUCACCUCUUCCGAAUACUUCGAACACGUAACAGGAUAGCAAUACCGAUUAAAGUUUGAAUAAAACCAAAAUUUUAUCUAUCAAA